AUGACAUACAGCCAGCUGAGUUGCAAUGUUUCAACUGGUAGGCAGACGGGAGAGAACAACUUGUGGACUGGACGCUCCAAAAGAAGAAUUUGGAUAUUCCUUGUCCUUAUCGCUGUGGUCAUCACCGUAAUCGUAAUUCCGACCGCAGUUUUCAAUGGUAACUCAGAAGAAAGCGGUCCCACAGAAGUUGAAGAAGGAAAGCACGAUGAGAGGAAUGAACAGUUUCACGUUGAAGAAGACUCAGUAGAUAAUGAAGAUGAAAUUGUCAUUCCAGACCAUACACCCGAGGAGAUCAAGGAUGAUAUUGAGGAUCCAAAAAAGAUAGUUACAAUAAAACCUACAAAGAAGAACCCCGCAUUUGGACCUACAACAAAACCACCAGAAAAGAAAAGGGAUCCAAAAGCAAAGGAAAUGAUUUUUCAUAAACUGAAGGAGGAACUUGAGCGUCGUCAUAUAAAAUACUUUGAACACGGCACACAUCGUACAUGUCGUAUAGCUACUGGAACAUGUUCAUGUGUAAAUUCAAGGAAUGAAGUCGUGUACUUAUCAAGCCAUGAUUUGGCUGUCAUAUGCAAUGUUGUAGAAUUUUUGGAUGAUGAGGUUAGGGUUGACUUUGAGGUUGAAACAUUUAUACGGAUGAAGAAACACAACAAAAAAUAUGGGACAGAUUAUUGCACUUAUGCUGAGGUUCAAGAGAGAUUUUACUUUUUCAGAAGAGAUGCAAUUAUCAUUGAGGGACAUAACAAAAACCAGAGUAAGCUAUUUGUUCUAGGAUACGGUCCUAAUGCUGGUAGUGUAAAAGACGGUGUUAAAAAGGGAGAUGUGGGUUAUGGAGAUUUAUUCAAUGGGAUAGAAUUUGGCAAGUUUCCGUUCACGGAAUUUGAUUUUAAUGGGACAAAAUUAAAAGUACCAGAACCUACUUUUGACUGGAGAAAGAGGGGUUAUGUUAGUGAGGUAAGAGUACAAAUAUGUGGAUCAUGCUGGGCAAUGGCAUCAGCUUCUGCAUUUGAUACUUUUGUGCAUAUGAAGACAGGGGAAAAGAAGAAAUAUAGUGUACAACAAAUUUUGGAUUGUGCUUCGAGUCUUAGCGGUUGUAAUGGUGGAUCAAUUAUCCUGGGUUUCCGUUACAUCAAGAAUAACAAAAUGUGCACAGAAGAGGAAUACCCGUAUAAAGGCGUAAAGGGUAUCUGUGAAGAUCACAAAUGCACUGGAGAGAACGUUGCAAGGUCAUUAGAAUUCAUUCAUUAUGAAACUGCUGAAAAACAACUAGAGGAGAAUGGUCCCUUCGCCGUAGCAAUCACUAGCGAUAGAAAACUUAGUCUCUAUGCAGGUGGUAUAUUUGAUGCUACAUGUAUUGGCCCUGAUUCACAUGCAGUAGUGAUCAUAGGACACGGAGUUGAUCCAGCUACCAACCAAAAGUACUGGAUUGCUAAAAACUCUUGGGGAACAAACUGGGGGGAGAGUGGAUACUUUCGAAUUUGGAACCAUGCCGUACGAAAUCAAUACGGCGUGAUGGUUUCCUACUGCAAUCUACUAGAGAGCGCUCGUGGAUUUUCCUGA